CCAGCGAGUAACGCGGAUCUGACGACGGGUUCGGGAGGAAUAAGUAUUUAUUUCAGGUCAGUGCUGUCAGUUCCAACUGGUCAUAUGUCAGGGGGGAGUGGCCUCUCGAUUAGGGACGAGAAGUAGUUGCAACGCAUCUUGUGUUUCUCGGAUCUCCUAUAGGAAGAUCCGAAGUAACAAUGGGUCGUCAUUCCACAGCUCUCCUUGCUGCUGGUCUCGUGGCUCUCGUGAAUGUCACUGCGGGAUUUCAGUUUAUGAUUAAUGCAAGUGUGAUGGGGUAUCCCGCCUCCACGGACGUCGAGCUGUACCGGGAGAUAGCUGACAUACUACUCAGGGAGGAGAACCCACGCCCUAAUAAGCACAACUACUGCGCCAUACACUUCGGCAAGGUCACCUUCGACACUACCAACGGCAGCACCAUGUACCGCAGUCUGACAGCAGCCAGGAGAAACUUUCAAAACCACUACGUCGCCGUUGCCAUCGGUCCCUACAUUGACGUCUUUACCUCCACCAAUUACGUCAUUCUGAACCAGCGCCACAUGCUGACAUCAUCAGCUGGUCAGAAAACAGACCUUCUCGACCCUGAAAUGAUUCUGUCAAUACUUCCGGAACGGCACAAUUUGUCCGAGGCCGUGUCCAAGAUAGUGGAGAAACUCGGCUGGAAGUAUGUGGCUCUGCUGUCUCAGGAUGACUUUUCCACGGUGCUGAACCUAGGCACCCAUAAUAUCCAGGUGUCUCCGAUCCGGCUCCCGUCUCGGAUCGACUCGGAUGAGGAUGUGGAUCUGGUCCGGAACUUGAUGGAGCUGAGAGCCUCACAGAAGAAGCGCUUCAUCCUGCACUCCACGAAGCGCGACACUGUCAUGCAUGUGAUGAGAGCUGCGAAACGACUCCAUCUGCUGCACCACACGAUACAGUGGCUGGUGGACUACCCGGAUUUUGAAGACAUCGUGAACGAAGACGACGAGUCGUGGCCUGGAAGUAUAUUCGGACUGCAGCUCUUGAGAGCCGAUAAGAUUCCAACAAAUAUUUCACAUGUUGCAGACCAGCGCAACAUGACGAGGUUGGAGGUGGCGCUGGCUGUCGAUGUCGUCGGUCUGCUACGUCACGUCCUGUAUACUAGAGCCAGGAACUGCAGUCAGGAACCUGUCCGGAACGACGUCAUGGCUGCCGGGGAGUUCAGCGAUACACUGGCAAGGGCAUCACCCUAUCAGGGAGCCCUGGGGCAGUACAUGUGGUACAUCAACGACCGCAGCAACUACUCCAUCGAUGUCCUGCACUACGAACAAACUCUCAAGAAGGUUGGCCAGUGUACCUUCAUCAAUGAGACGUCUACAGUGAAUCUCUUUGACAACUUUACCAUGACUGAGCCCGGUUCCAAAAGUAAGACUCACGCUCGGGUUGAGAAGCUCCGAGUCGUGGCGCGUUUACUCGAACCCUUCGUCAUGAAAAAUUCAUCGGGCGAUUUUGAAGGUUUCAACGUGGAUCUGUUGUACCUCAUUGCUCAGAAAGUGAACUUCACGUAUGAGAUAAUUGAAGUGACGGACACGGUGUCGGACGGGGAGAUGAUCAACGGCAUGGUGCAGGAACUACUUACUGGGAACGCAUCAAUGGCCGUAGGCGCCCUGGAAGUAACGGCGAAGAUGGAGGAGGACAUAUCUUUCUCGUACACUAUACUGUCAACAAAAGCAAGCAUCCUCGUGAAGAAAGGCGAAAGCACCAGAAAUUUCUUUCAGUUUCUUGGACCAUUUUCUAUAGGUUUAUGGUUCAUGAUCCUUGGGUUUAUCAUGGUGGCAGGGACUGCCCUGUACACUAUGAGCCGGUUCGACUACACCCAGGAGAACAGCGAGCAGAGGUUCGACCUCAAGGAGAGUCUGUGGUAUUCCAUUAACGUCCUGCUGCAGGGCACCACAGAGUAUUCCCCCCAGACGACGUCGAUGAGGACCAUCAUCGCCUUCUUCUGGUUCUGCGUCCUCAUCAUCGACGCCGCCUACACCGCCAACCUAGCCGCCUACCUCACUCUACAACAGAUAGAUGACAGGGUCAGGACAGUUUACGACCUGGCCGGACAGACAGAGAUGUUGUACGGCGUUGAGAAUAACAGCAAUCUGAUGACCUUCUUCAAAGACGCCACCGUGGACCCGUAUGAGCGAAUGUGGGCUUUCAUGAAGCUGAAAGAAGAACAAACCAUGUUGUCGAACACCACUAAGAUCAUAGAGCUGGUUAAGGAUGGGAAGUACGCCUUCAUCGCAGACAGGGUUGUCAACGACUACCACGCCUUGCAACACUGCGGACUAGAAUCUAUUGAGCAGAACUUUGGUCAGAAAGACUUCAGCCUGGGCUUUCCACGCGGGGCUCCUUACAAGGACGAUGUCAACAGAGCGCUGCUCUCUCUGAAGGAGGAAGGGAAACUAGACACCCUCACAAAGAAGUGGUGGAAGUCCCGCACCAACUGUACUGGAGACUCGAAGACGCGGUCAAUCAAGGACAAGACCACCAAGGAAUUGGAGCUGACCAACAUGUUCGGCGUCUUCAUCGUCCUCGGCUCCUUCGUCGUCUUGUCGGUCAUCGUGGAGAUUAUAGAGAGGAUCACAAUAUGUGUAGAAGGCAAGAAGAAGCAGAAGAAGGAAAAGGAAGAAGUAAAGGAAAAGCCCAAACCAUUGAGCGAAGGAUUCCAGCCUCCAGCAAUUACAGAAGGAUCCGAGAAGAAAGAGAAAUCACUCUUUGCUGAUUACUGAAACAAAGACGCAAACCAUUAUGCAGGCAACGUGGAGGCACAGGCACCAUCAAUAAAUCCAAAGAGUUGAUUCUGGCAAUCUUCAAGACUUUAAUUUAACAUGCUACAUGCUGACACGGAGCUUAACGGUAAACUCACGCAAUCAAACAGUGAACAGCCAGUCUGCCCUUUGACGCCGCGUUACCAUCAUCAUUGCACAUUCCAUGGACCAUGGGCUAAUUUGCAAGAAUAUUAGAUACCGAUUGUGCUCAGACAGGUUCGAAGACGAGACGUCAAUUCCAUAAAAGGUUCACAAAAUGGGUAUCAUAAUCGUACGGAUCACAUACAACAUGCAAUAUGAGCGAUUUUUGGCAAGGGCAAUCAAUGUAUAUUGUUGUGUCCAGUGAAAAUCGGUGUACAAUGAAUAUCAAGAUUGUCUGGAUUUUGUCUUAACUAUGUCGCCAUGGUUACCUGGAAGUUUUCUGCCUACUUCAGAAAGGUUAUGAAAGGUUAUGACCUAGUCAUUUGGAAAUAGGAUUCUGAUGACAAGGUAUCGCAGGUGGCGUAUCUAAGUGAUGCAUUGGUCGUAAAUUACUGUUGUGGAAGUGCCUUUGAUAUUCCCUUGCGUCAGUGCUUGUCUUCAAUGGGCCACAGAGUAAUCAAAAUACAAUUUUACACACUAUUCCACUUUAAAGGGCUCACAUUCAUGUUUCCUGCUCGCGGGCUCAACCAAAUUGUAAAUAUUUUUGAAUUGUGUAUCUCUUUGGCUUCCCUCCCACGAUAAGCAUGACCCUUGCCGUCACACUGUUAAAAGCGGCGUUAAACGAAUAUCACUCACACACUGUUAUACAGUUUGAAGAUGAAGUUGCAAUGUCAUUAAUUCUUUAAGAGAUUCAGUGAAUUUGAGUUUUUACGUAUAUUUGUUGUCCACCUCUGUGUUGGUGUAUACAAGAUGGUACGUCCUAUUUCUGAUAAUUUACGUGUUGUCCAGUUUGUAUUCAAGGUUCCCACUACCUCAUGCUUAUCAGGGCGUGUGUAGAUCGGGCGGUGUCAACGUGUUACCUGUUCUAUUUCGUGUCACCACGUUGCGGGUCGUGUCUCCUGCUGUCAAUCUUUAGACUGUUUUUUUACAGGUUGCUGUGAUGUAGCUGCAAUGAUGCUGCUUGCGCCGUAAAACAAUAUCCGCUUAAUGUGAAUGUCAGUGCGCAGAAAUUGUUGAGUGAAGUUUAAUUUUGCAUGUAUGUUUUAUUGCUUCUGCGCCAAACAAUUGAAUUUCUAAAUAUAUCUUUACAAUUUGUGAAAAUAAAUGUAUUAAAAGUCUACACAAGU